CGCGCCGGACGACCUUACCUCGCCUUCCCUUCAGCCUUGCGCGCGCACGCGACAAGAGAGACCACGCGAUCCCGACUUCACCCCGAAGCUUUCACGAACAAUCCUUUCUUCGGAAAACGGCGACCAAGCAAACCAGCUCUGGCGAACACAUCAACGAAAUUCAAAUCGAGACCGACGCAGCUGUCACCAUACCCUGCCACCCCUCAUCGUCAACUUCACAACCCCACGAAUAAAGCACGAGAAACCGCAACAAUGGUAGUCAACGAGCUCGUAUCAGACAAGAAACUCGGCGCGGUCCUCCAGACCUCAGGCUACGCCCAAGACCAAGCCUCCAAGCUCCUCCACCUCCUCACCGAAAUCACCCGCACCGCCGAAGAGUCGGGCUCAACUUCGCCAGAGCUCCAAGCCGCCCUGUCAAAAGAGCAAAAACUCCUCCUCACAAACAUCUCGCACCUCCGCGGCCUGCACCGGUCCGCCAACUUCGACGCCAGGGACACAAAAGCCCAGACCGCCGAGGCGCGCCACGAGGUCGACCGCCUGCACCUCCAGCUGCAGAACCUCUACUACGAGCAGCGCCAUCUCGAGGGCGAGAUUGAGGCCUGCGAAUCUUACGACCACACCUACCAGAAGCUACCUCUCAUCCCCGUCGAAGAAUUCCUCGCCGAGCAACCAGAGCACGCCGACGCCGACGAGGACGCCUUGAUGAUUGCGCGCAUCGGCCACGAGCGAGUGGGACGCGAAGCUCUCGAGCAGCAGAGGCUCGAGCUGGUGGGCAGGAAGCAGAAGCUCAUUGCCGAGAACAAGAAGCGCAAGGACGAUUUGGCCAACCUCGAUAAAGACUUGGAGAAGUUCAUCGAUGCUGCGAAACCCAUCCAGGAACUCUUCGAAAAGGUUGUAUGA